GGGCACAUGGGCGGAGAAAGAGGAAGCCACGUUGACACAGAAGUCGUGUUUUUGUUUCGCCUUAAACCGGCGAUUAGUAUUUAUCUUGCUUAGGAGUGACUUGUACAGGGCAUCUGGAAUAAACAGAAUGAGUGUGGGGUUCAUUGGAGCGGGUCAGUUGGCCCAUGCCUUGGUCAAGGGCUUCACUGCUGCAGGUGUAAUUGCAGCUCACCGGAUCACUGCCAGUUCCCCAGAUACAAAUCUGCCAACGGUGGCUGAGCUCAGGAAAAUGGGGGUGAACUUUACAAUCAGCAACAAGGAAGCCACGCACAAGAGUGAUGUUCUCUUUUUGGCUGUUAAACCCCACAUUAUCCCUUUCGUUCUGGAUGAAAUUGGACCAGACAUUGAAGACAGGCACCUUAUCGUUUCCUGUGCUGCUGGAGUCACUAUUAGCUCCAUUGAGAAGAAAUUGCUCCAGUACCGUGCUGACCCUAAGGUGAUGCGGUGCAUGACUAAUACUCCAGUGGUUGUGCGUGAAGGGGCCACGGUGUAUGCCACUGGCACCCACGCUGAGGUGGAGGAUGGAAAGCUGCUGGAGCAGCUGAUGGCUAGCGUGGGAUUCUGCACGGAGGUGGAGGAGGACCUGAUUGACGCUGUUACUGGACUCAGUGGCAGUGGGCCAGCUUAUGCUUUCACUGCUCUCGAUGCUCUUGCUGAUGGUGGGGUGAAGAUGGGUCUGCCGAGGAGGUUGGCUGUGAGGUUGGGAGCGCAGGCUCUGCUGGGUGCUGCUAAAAUGCUGCUGGACUCAGAGGAGCAUCCAGGCGAGCUGAAGGACCAGGUGUGCUCACCAGGGGGCGCCUCCAUCCACGCCCUGCACCUCCUGGAGAGUGGUGGCUUCCGGAGCCUUCUCAUCAAUGCUGUGGAAGCUUCAUGUAUCAGGACAAGAGAGCUUCAGUUUCUUGCAGACCAAGAGAAGAUUUCUCCAGCUGCUAUCAAAAAGACAACGCUGGACAAAGUGCUGCAGCAGCCAGGAAUCUCUGCAACAUCAGUGGCCACCAAGAACAGAGUAAACCUUUUCAACAACAGGAGUGGAGUGAAGAAAGUCUGAGAGAGAAAAGUUACGCACACAUGCAAACACACACACACACUCACUGCAUAUUCCCUCAUAAGCUCCUUCAGGUGCCUACAGAUGUUACCCAGCGAUUCUGACAAAUUUUGGACAUGAUAUCCAUUCAGACACACGCAUACACAGUUUCAGAUUGAAAUGAACAGAAGUGCAUUUCUAGCAUGUUGUCUGUCACCUAGUGCCUCCUUGCAGUGGCAGACAGCACUCCCUGAGGAGCAGCAUUGAGAGUUAGCAGACAGCAGAUGCUCCAUGUGAUGGUAGACUUCCUGUCUUUAAGAAAAAUAUUCAACCGCAAAGCCAGUUGAAAGUUUUUUUGUUAGCGAGGAACACUUUCUAAAUUUCUGCAUAAUUCAGAAGGAAACGAAAUAGUUUGAUAUAUAAUUGGAGAGAAGCUUUCUGACUGAUUUCUUUACAGUGGUGUUGAUAUGACAUUCACAAUGUCUGCAAUGGAAAUAUCGCCAUUUUGUUCACUGUUCAAACCGGUCAGUGAACCUACAUGUGUCUUAUUAGUUUUGUAUGCAUAUGUUGUUAAAAUAAUGGAAAGUUUGAAUGAAAAAAGGAAGAUGUUUUUGGGUGCUAUUUUGCAUCACAACACCUGAUCAUAAAAAACUGCCAGGUACCAAGCAGUAUAUUCAUAACCAUAUCAUGCAAAAAAAAAAAAAAAACGUUCAGUGAGAUGCUGCUAGAAACAUUAAACACCCAGGAUGUCUGGCUCUUACCAGCACCACUGUAAACCAUUCUGACUCACUAAGCUUCUCCAUAAUGAAGCAUUUCAAAUCAAACCACUCUGAAUGACUUUGUUUACAUUUUGGCCCUUGAAUUCUGCAGAAAUACAGAAAGACUGGUGGAAUUUCCCUUUAAUUUCUACUUCUUUUUUUUUUAAACUUAAUUUCAAGUCAUUUUUAGUCCCUUGUUUCCACAGGUUUGUCAUGUGGCCAUUCCAACACUAUCGUCAUUUGAUAAACUAGUUUAAUUUGUUCUCUUUGUAAAAAAGCUUUUUGUCACAAAUAUGUGAAUAUAAAAUGGAGUGUUGAAUACAUACUUGAGAUGCAUGGAAUACUUUUGUAUUUAAUUAGCUUAAUAUUUAAUUUUUCUUUUGAAAAUUAUUGAGGGGGAAAAAAUAGGUCAGCCAACCAAAGCAUAUGUUUUGUAAACUGCUUAUUAAAAGUACUCUGCGUUGUCAUGAAUGGAGACUGACUGGAACUAUAUUACCUGCUACAGGCAAUUGUUACCACAGCAUUAAACCUCUAUUAAAGGUGCUAAUCAUGAA